GCAGAUAAGCAGUCGAUUCGACUCACUAUACAACACAAUAAGAACUUCUAUGCCGUCGCCAAAAGUGGUGAAGUGGACAAAGUGUUGAGCAUUUUAGCACAAGGCUUUGACCCUAACUUCCCGUUUGAAGACAACGACAACGAGACCCCACUUCACGCGGCGGCCAAUUGCGGCCAUAUAUUAGUAGUGCAUCUAUUGAUACAGUCGGGCGCCAACCCUAAUGUUCUCAAUAAAAACAUGACAACACCUCUGAUGCAGGCCAUCGAACAUAAACACAAUCUUGUGGUCAAGUAUUUGAUUAAUUCCGGCGCUUCUCUCGACAUCAGAGGAGAGGACGGCAUGACUUCAUUACAUAUCGGCGCCAAAUGUGGGAAUAUAGAGGCCGUCCACUAUAUUCUCGACUCCGGCAAGAUUAACGUCAACCUCCAGGACGAGGGCGGGUGGUCUGCAUUGGUGUGGGCGACUGAACACAAGUACUAUAAUAUCGUGAAGUUAUUGGUGAGCAAAGGGGCCGAUCCUAACAUCGAAGACGACGAGGAGAAUGUAGGCCUGCAUUGGGCCGCCUUUUCCGGCGAAACCAAUAUAGCCUUUAUGUUCCUCGAGAUGGGCGCCAAUGUCAUCAACCAAACCAAUAUUCACGGCGACACUCCUCUCCACAUCGCCUCCCGAAGGGAUAACUACGAGUGUGUCGUGUAA